CCUUCUUCGAUAUCAUAUUAACCAAGAAAAAGUUUAUACUUGUUUAUCAACACUAAACUCAUUAUGGCAUACCAAAAUCAAUCUUCCUCAUUCCUACUGCUACUUGUUCUUAUGGCCAUUUCCAUACUCAAGUUAUCAAACGCAGCUGGGAUAGCCAUUUACUGGGGCCAAAACGGCAAUGAAGGCACCUUAGCCGAUACCUGCGCGUCUGGAAACUAUCAGUUCGUAAACAUAGCUUUUCUCACUACUUUCGGCAAUGGCCAAACCCCUGUCCUCAACCUCGCCGGUCAUUGUAACCCCGCUGCCAACGAAUGCACCGGCCUAAGCUCCGAAAUCAAAGCUUGCCAAGGCCAAGGCAUCAAAGUCCUCAUCUCCAUAGGUGGUGCCACAGGUAGCUACUCUCUUUCCUCGGCUGAUGAUGCCAAACAAGUCUCGGAUUAUCUUUGGAACAACUUCCUUGGCGGUCAGUCGAGCUCUAGGCCACUUGGCGAUGCGGUUCUAGACGGUGUCGACUUUGAUAUCGAAGCUGGCUCAGGCCAGUUCUGGGACGAGUUGGCCAGGUCCCUCAAUGGACAUAGCCAAGAGAGAAAGGUUUUCUUGGCUGCAGCCCCACAGUGUCCUUUCCCGGACCAACAUCUAGAUGGGGCCAUUCAAACUGGACUGUUUGACUAUGUUUGGGUUCAGUUUUAUAACAACCCUGGGUGCCAUUAUGCUGGCAAUGCCAAUAAUCUUCUAAGUGCUUGGAACCAAUGGACUUCGAGUCAAGCUAAGCAAGUGUUCUUGGGGCUUCCGGCGGCUCAGGCUGCAGCUCCGAGUGGCGGGUUUAUUCCGGCUGAUGUUUUGAUUUCUCAGGUUCUUCCGAGCAUUAAGACGUCUCCUAAGUAUGGAGGAGUUAUGCUGUGGAGCAAACAAUUUGAUAAUGGUUAUAGUGCAGCCAUAAAGAGUAGUCUAUAAGUCUAAGAAGUAUGUUGCUCGAGUACUUUUAUAUAUUGAAUAAUGAAGUCACAUAGACAAUAAAGUGACAAAUAUAUUUAUAUCAUUAGUGAUAUAUAUCAAAUUAAUUAAUAAAAGUAUAGUAUAUCGAUCUUAUUGGAAAGUUAAUUUCUUGUAACCUAGCUCUUUCUGAGUGGAUGCUUAAUAAUAUUCAUUUUCAAGUUGA